UCUCGCCUUCUGUGUCAGUGGUACAGAAAGAUCAGAAAAUAUUUUGAUUGCAAUCGGUCGGCAAAUAGAAGCUUCAGGCGCGCUAUCUUAGCAAAUCGCUUGCUGCAAUGGCGGAUUCCGGCGGAGGCAAGUGGAGGAGCAAACGGCCGCUGUUGAUCGCGACGGUCAAUUUUCUGUUAGCUCUGGCUGUAGUUUCUGCAGAAAGAAGCUUGAAGAUGCCGGAAAUGUCAUCGUCGGACGAAACACGGAGAAGUUCCGCCGAUGAUCGGCGAGAUUUCAAAAGUCUCCUCGCCGCCGCGAAGACCUUUCUCCGGCGAGCGGACGGUGCCGAUAAUCAACUCGUAUGGCCAGAUAUGGAGUUUGGGUGGCGCAUUGUGGCCGGCACGGCGGUUGGAUUUAUGGGAGGGGCUUUCGGCAGCGUCGGCGGUCUUGGCGGCGGCGCCUUUUUCCUUCCGAUGCUUAAUCUCAUUAUUGGGUUCGAUCCCAAAUCCUCCACCGCCAUUUCCAAAUGUAUGAUAAUGGGUGCAGCGGUAUCGACGGUGUAUUAUAAUCUUAAACUAAGGCAUCCGGCUCUCGACAUGCCCAUUAUUGACUAUGAUUUGGUGCUUCUUGUCCAGCCCAUGCUCAUGCUUGGAAUUAGCAUUGGAGUUAUUUUUAAUGUCAUUUUAGCCGAUUGGAUGGUCACAAUUCUCCUCCUCAUCCUCUUUUUAUUCAUAUCUACAAAAGCAUUUCUGAAGGGAGUUGCAGCUUGGAAGAAGGAAACGCUUCUUCUCAAAAUGGAGGCUGACAAGCUCUUCGGUGAGUCACAUGCCUCUGAAAGUGAAGGGAUCGAGUACAGGGCUCUUCCUGGUGGACCUGGACAGGAGACAAAGGAAAUAGAGGCAGAAGUAGAAAUGUCAAUUCUUCAGAAUGUGUGUUGGAAGGAAUUGGGUCUUCUCUUCUUCGUUUGGGUUGCCUUCCUUGUCCUCCAGAUUCUCAAGGAGAAAACAAUGUCUUGCUCGUGGAAAUAUUGGCUACUAAACUUACUGCAGAUCCCAGUAUCUGUGGGGGUGUGUUCGUACGAGGCAAUUAACCUGUACAAGGGUAGGAGAGUAAUUUCAUCCUUGGGAGAUCGUCGGACCGAAUUCCGCGUCGGGCAGCUUCUGGCGUACGGCACCCUUGGCGUGGCGGCCGGCACCGUCGCCGGAUUGCUCGGCGUCGGCGGAGGAUCCAUCAUGGGACCAUUGUUUUUGGAGCUCGGAGUUCCUCCUCAGGUGGCAAGUGCCUCGGCAACCUUCGCGAUGAUGUUUUCAUCAUCAAUGUCAGUUGUGGAAUACUACCUUCUCGAUCAAUUUCCAGUGUCAUAUGCUGUUUAUUUUGCGGCGGUGGCGACGGUUGCGGCCUAUUGUGGACAGCAUGUUGUGAGGGAAAUUAUUGCUUUGCUUGGAAGGGCUUCAAUUAUUAUCUUCGUUCUCUCCUUCACACUCUUCUUUUUUUCCCUCACACAAGGUGGAGUGGGUAUAUCAGAUGCGAUCCAACGGAUUCAGCGAAAUGAAUACAUGGGAUUUCAGAAUUUGUGUCGAAGCAGUGGUUAGACAGCGAAAUUUAAUUUGCAAUUACUUUUUCUUUUUCAUUUUUUUUAGUUUAAUACCGGGUGGCGAUUUGAACUAUGAUAUUUUAGUAAUAUAUAUAUUGAUGAAAUAAAUUAUAUUUAGAUUGGCUUAUUUAUUCAUA